UGUGGGAAAAAGGAACGGCUCUCUAGACUCUGCUUGCGGACUCUCUUUCCUUUGCUCUGCACUUCUGGGCACAAAGUCCAAAUGUUGGUCCAACUGAGGACAGCUUUCCAACAGGCUGGUAAGAUGUCCGAAGGCAAUCUGUCCAAACUUGAAGCCAACAUCCUUGUCAUCGGAGCUGAGAAAGUGGGGAAAUCAGCUUUGACAGUUCGGUUUCUGACCCGAAGGUUUAUUGGAGAAUAUGGUAAUAUUGAAUCAAUUUACACUCACAACAUGAUGAUGGGCGGCCGGGAAGUCUGCUUCAGCAUCUGGGAUUCCGUCUGCCCUAAGGGCUGCAUCAAUGAGAAACAGGUCCGUUGGGCUGACGGUUUCAUCCUGGUCUACAGCAUCUGCGAUCGCACCAGUUUCCAUUUUGCUCGCCAGCAGCUACAGCAGAUCCAGCAGCUGAAGCGGAGGAGCGGGGCUGUGAAAGUGCCCAUUACCCUGGUGGGGAACAAACGGGACUUGCAGCACCAGCGCACUGUCUCCAGCGAGGAAGGCCGACUCUUGGCUCUUUCCACAGACGCAAGCUUUUUCGAGAUCUCUGCUGCAGAGACCUACCACGGAGCCUUGGUGGUUUUCCAUGAACUUCUGGACAUGGUGCGUGAUUCCCGGAGUGCCACCAAAAAGACUGUGAGCAUCCGAGGACUUGUACGUAGCAUGUCAGCCGUCUUUGGGAGAAGGAGGACAGAAUGAGGAAGCCAGGCGAAGGAAAGCCAGGAAGAAAAACAGAAUCCUAGAGACACGUGGAGCAGGAAUUCUAGUUGUGGUUGUUCAGCUUGAUGAACUUGGAAUGUCAGAUGACAUUACCACAGAAGAGAAAUGUGGAACGUUCCCCCACAAGGUACUGGGAACUAAAACAGCUACAGAUGCACCAACUGUAACACAUCCGUUUUGGCUAGAGAGAGCAGUGCAAACAAUCACUAAUUGUCUUUUCUCUUGUUGGUUUUGCCUCACUGGAAAUCGUCGUAUUUCCACUUUCUAAACAGUGUUAUCAUGAGGGCAUUGUGGGUUUUCCGGGUUGUAUGGCCGUGUUCCAGUAGCAUUCGCUCCUGAUGUUUCGCCUGCAUCUGUGGCUGGCAUCUUCAGAGGAUUGUGUGUUAUCAUGGCUUAGCCUCAGGACUGGGUUUUAGUGUGAAAAAGAAUAAAGAGGGUACUUUUGACCAUGCACAGAAGGCCACUUUGUCGUUGCCAAGCAACUGAAACCAGCUCCAGAAUUUCUAAAAUGGGAGCCAGGCUUCCAAAUCAAACCAUAUGACUUGCAUGCAGGCGUGACCUCAGCAUUUUUCAUAAAAAUAAUUCCUUUGCAGCUAGAUGGUUUGAAAGAAGCCAGGCAAUUAUACAGGGUUUUUUUUGAAGACACUCAAUGUUGCUGUGAAACCUUUUGGAGACACUGUAGGGGUUAGAAAAAAUGAUUAGGUUGAUUGGGAACAAAAUAAUAGGGCUCAAUUGAUCUCAUGUCAAUUCAGUGCAAGAACCCUGCUGAAUCUGGCAGCAUGAGAUCCCAGCCCGCGCACAGAACUUUUGCCUUAAUUAUGUGCUUAAAGGUAGAGGCGCUGCCACGCCACUUUGAAUUUUAUACGCAGCGCAUGAUGAACACCACUGAGAUGGUUUCUGAUCUCAGUUGCAUACAAAGAAAUUUCUCUUUUAUAAGCUGGGUGGAACAGCUAAGUGGCAGAGCUUUCCAGAUUUUUUUGAAAACAUGCCUGGAGGGGGAAAAAAUUAAUGUUUUCUUUUCUGCAAAGAAAAGUGAAAAUGUUUUAUCCCAAUUGCUUGUUCGUCGCACAAGUUUGCAUUCGGCUUUUGAGACUGGAAGGAAAAAUGCAAAGGAGAGCCCUCCAUUUUACAAUGAGAAUAUAUAUUUUUGUAAUCUUAAAAAAACAAAUGUAUAAAGAUCAAAAUCGAAAGCAUUGUACAGUUAUUUUCCCUGUAAUGGGCUGUGGACAGAAUUUUUUUUUUGUACAGCAGCUGCUACGUACUACACGGCAAACUGGGUUUAAAAUGGAAAGGGAUUUCAAGGGCAAGUGAUUGACAUGGCAAAAUAAUCUAGUCUUCAUAGGAACAUCAAAAGAGCCCUGCUGGAUCAGACAUGUGGUUCAUCGAGUCCAGUAUCUUGUUUCACAUCGGCUAACCAGUUCCCUAGAGGCCAGCAAACAGGGAAUAGAGGCCAAUGCCUCUCCAUUAGUGUUGUUUCUGAUAUUCAAAGGUCUGCCGCUCCUCUAAAGGGUCCCUUCAUAGUUGCUGACUAGUAGCGACUGAUGGACCUCUCCUCCAUUACUCUGUCUAAUCCUCUUUUUAAAGCCAUCUGGCUCCAGCCAUCGCUAGGUCCACUAGCAGGAAAUACUACCAUGUAAUUACUCAUUGAGUAAAAAAGUAUUUCCUUUUGUCCAUCCUGAACUUGUUGCCAAUCAACUUCAUUGGGUGCCCUCAAGUCCUAGAAAAAAUGUGUGGGGGUUUUUUAUAUCCCAGUGCAUCUGUUGGGCCAAGUCCUUAAUGUACCUAAAGAAGUCUUUGCAUCUGAACCCAUGUGUUUAAUUAUGAACUGUCCAGAAUUGUCAACCAUCCAGUAUUUUAAUGGCAGCAAACUGUAGAUGUCUUUAUCGCAUAAUCAGGAACAGGGGCCUAAAAUUCUACUGAAUUUCAGAACCUGGAUUUUGCCCAUCAACUCCAGUUUUUGCUGCAAGAUAACUGCCUUUGUUGGUCCCUGAUCCUCCAGAGUUCUCCAUGUUUUGCCUCUGCCUCCAAAGGCCCAGGUUCUGCUUAGCCCAGUUCUGAAUUUGUUGAACAGAAGGCAGAAUUUUCAAAAAAACACAACUGGACAUGCAGUCAGGACUUACUAUGGCAACUUCUUCCAUAGUUUAUACCUGGUUUACUUGCCAACAACUUUUAAUGUUGAUUCAAUAGCCUCAUUUCCUUGUGCUUCAAAUGGGCUGGUCACCAUUUAUUUUUAUUUGAAUAAGAUCACUAUUGUUUUGGGGAGAAGACUUGUUUAGUAGAGACAUAUGGGGUUAGUGAUGUCACUGGUUUUUGGCCAAUCAAUGCUACGCAUAUCCCUGAGGUUUUCUCUGAGCUUGAUCCAGGACCGAAGGACAUACAUUUGAACAAGUGUGGUGAAAUAGCUUAUCAUUCACUUAUGUAUGUUUGGAGGUGCUCCCAAAUCAGUAGUUGGCAACCUUAAUAAUAUAGUCGCAUAAUUUUAAAAAGUGGCUUAAUGGUUGCUGAUUACUUGCACAUUGGAAUUCUAGACUUUUGAUAUUAACAACCAUUUCAGGGAAUUUUAUCUGUAUUUCACUGCUUAGGAAGACAUUCCUUUUGACUAUCUCCAUCACUUGUUUUAGAUAAUUCUUGAAAAAUGAUAUGAAUCACUGUAUGAAGGUAAAUUAUUAUAACUUAUUAGAAGAUCAUUGCCUUUUGGGACUCCUGUUUACAUUUAAUAUUUUGUUAUUUAACUGUUUUGUUGACAGAACCAUCUCUGUUUUUAUUUGGAUGAGUAAUAAAACAUUUAUUAUAU